AUGGCGGCUCCCAGCCUCCUCAACUGGAGGCGGGUUUCUUCCUUCACGGGGCCGGUCCCCCGCGCCCGGCACGGACACCGGGCCGUGGCCAUCCGGGAGCUGAUGAUCAUCUUCGGCGGAGGCAACGAGGGCAUCGCGGACGAGCUGCACGUCUACAACACGGUUACAAACCAGUGGUUCUUACCAGCUGUUAGAGGAGACAUCCCUCCAGGCUGUGCUGCCCAUGGAUUUGUCUGUGAUGGUACCAGAAUAUUAGUAUUUGGGGGAAUGGUUGAAUAUGGAAGAUACAGCAAUGAGCUGUAUGAGUUACAAGCAAGUCGUUGGUUAUGGAAAAAAGUGAAACCCCAUGCCCCUUCUUCUGGUUUACCUCCUUGUCCUCGGCUUGGACAUAGCUUUUCUUUGUAUGGUAACAAAUGCUAUUUGUUUGGUGGCCUGGCAAAUGAAAGUGAAGAUUCAAAUAAUAAUGUUCCCAGAUAUUUAAAUGAUUUCUAUGAAUUGGAGCUACAGCAUGGUUCUGGUGUUGUGGGUUGGAGCAUUCCAGUGACUAAAGGGACUGUGCCUUCUCCAAGAGAAUCUCACACAGCUGUUAUAUAUUGCAAAAAGGAUUCUGGGAGUCCUAAAAUGUAUGUUUUUGGUGGAAUGUGUGGUGCUCGCCUGGAUGACCUAUGGCAACUUGACUUAGAAACUAUGUCAUGGUCAAAACCAGAAACUAAAGGGACAGUGCCCCUUCCGCGAAGCCUUCACACAGCCAAUGUUAUAGGAAACAAGAUGUACAUUUUUGGAGGAUGGGUUCCCCAAAAAGGAGAAAAUAUUGAGGCUUCACCUCAUGAUUGUGAAUGGAAAUGUACAAGUUCAUUUUCUUACCUAAAUCUGGAUACAGCAGAGUGGACCACCCUAGUAUCAGAUUCUCAGGAAGAUAAAAAAAAUUCAAGACCAAGACCAAGAGCUGGACACUGUGCUGUUGCAAUUGGCACUCGAUUGUAUUUUUGGAGUGGAAGAGACGGCUACAAAAAAGCACUGAAUAGUCAAGUUUGCUGCAAGGAUCUUUGGUAUCUUGAUACUGAGAAACCACCAGCGCCAUCACAAGUACAACUGAUCAAAGCCACUACCAACUCUUUUCAUGUCAAAUGGGAUGAAGUGCCUACAGUUGAGGGCUAUCUUUUGCAGUUGAAUACUGACUUGCCAUACCAAGCUGCAUCGUCAGAUUCUUCAGCAGCACCAAAUAUGCAAGGAGUCAGGAUGGACCCUCACAGACAGGACAGUAAUAGCAUCAUUCCUAACAGUAUCAGUGAUACAAUGAACAGUGCAAAAACUGAACAUACAGUUAUGAAAGGAACUCCAGUGAAAAACAAACCAGAUCUCAAAUCAUCGACUGAUUCUAAUGCCGUUUUACAUUCACCUUUGGCAACUAAUGCUUCUAAUCAUAAUAGUUGUAUGAUGGAUAUGCUAAGGAAAAAUGAAGGUCCUCACACUUCAGCAAAUUUAGGUGUUCUAAGUAGUUGCCUGGACUUAAGAACAGUAAUUCCUGAAACUUCUGUAUCCAGUACUGUUUGCAGCGCACAGACUAUGGUAACCCAGCAGACCAUUAAAACUGAAUCCUCCAGUACAAAUGGGGCAGUUGUUAAAGAUGAAACUUCACUAACAACAUUCAAUACCAAAUCUGAAGUUGAUGAAAUCUGUGCACUGCCUGCAACUAAGAUCAGCCGUGUGGAGACACAUACUGCAGCAAUGCCGUUUUCUAAAGAGACUCCUUCAACCCCAGUGGCCACAACGAAAGCAGGAGAACGACAGUGGUGUGAUGUAGGAAUUUUUAAAAACAAUACAGCGUUGGUGAGCCAGUUUUAUUUGCUGCCAAAAGGGAAGCAAAGUAUCUCAAAGAUAGGAAAUGCAGACGUCCCUGACUACAGUUUACUUAAGAAACAAGAUCUUGUUCCAGGCACAGGAUACAGAUUCAGAGUUGCUGCUAUCAAUGGUUGUGGAAUAGGCCCUUUCAGCAAAAUCAGUGAAUUUAAAACUUGUAUUCCUGGUUUUCCUGGAGCUCCUUCUGCAGUCAGAAUUUCAAAGAAUGUUGAGGGUAUCCAUCUUUCCUGGGAACCUCCAACUUCACCUUCUGGAAAUAUUUUGGAAUAUUCAGCCUAUUUGGCAAUCCGCACAGCACAAAUACAAGAUAAUCCAAGUCAACUUGUUUUUAUGAGGAUUUAUUGUGGUCUUAAGACAUCAUGUAUAGUAACCACUGGGCAACUUGCAAAUGCACAUAUUGAUUAUACAUCCAGACCUGCCAUUGUGUUCAGAAUAUCAGCAAAGAAUGAAAAGGGAUAUGGACCAGCUACACAAGUUCGAUGGCUUCAAGGUAACAAUAAAAAAGCACCUUUAAAUUGA